GGCAAAGCUUGGAUACACUGUGCACAAUGAGGAGAUUGUGGAAGGUAAUCACAGCAUGGAACUUAUAUAGAGAUACAAGAGAAUUUGUCCAAGAAUGGUAAGACUAGCUUCUCGGGCUAGUGAAGACAAAGAAGCAUUUGCAUUGGUAGAAAGGUUGAUGGAAGACUUGGAAAAACAAGUCGACAAUAUUUUAGUGAAGACAAAAUCAGCUCCUCAUCAUUCUGAUAAACCAGUUGAGAAUAAUAAUUUAUCUCAAGAAGGUGGUUUAAUGGAAAAGGUUAAAGGACUUAAAAGGCGUAUAGUUCGUAAAGGUGGUAAACGACCAAGAGGUUUUAUGGAGUUGAACGCAAGGCGAAAAGCUACGAAGAAAAAGUCUUCUACACGUCAAGCUGCUCAAGAUCCUCGUAGCUCAACUCAAGUGGCUAGUUCUAGUUGUACUCCUCAGGAUGUUGGAGGAUUGGAUACUCCAAGCUCAAAUGGUGUAGCAUUUUAUGGUUAUAAUCCCCAAAGAAAUGUGCAAGGAUUGCCUUCGCCGGUGAGAAUGGUCUCCGAUUGUGUUGCAUCCGUCGCCGUGACCUUCGUUGUAUGUUUCACCGGUGAGAAUGGUCGCCGAUUGUCAUGUGUCCCUAUACCGGUUGAUAAGAGGAGUUCUCUCGUUGAAAUGGAGAACAAGGAAUUUGGGAAAAAAUGA